AAAAAACCAAACCAGCCAAGAGAAGGAGAUCUUCUUGGGGAUUCUUUCUCAGACUUUCCUCCUCCCUCCCUCACUCCCUCAAGCUCUCACCACUGAACUCUACCUUCCUCCUCUCCUCUCCGCCUUCUUCCUCCACCACUGRACCUACCCAUCUCCAUCUCUAUCAACCUCUACCAACACAGCACCACCGAACUCUCCCUCUCAUCGUCUUCUUCCACCUCUCCUUUCACCUAAACCCCAACUGAAAUGCCACCAUCAAAUCUCCAUGCCCCAACCAAAACAAAAGAAAGAAAGGAAAAAGAAAAAUAGAAAGGGAUCUCCAUUCUUCUGGCAAAGAAGAAGAAAGAGGAAAAGGAAAGGAGCAUGUCCAUUCACUAUUUUCAGCUAAGGUAAAGAAUCCAUUUCCCUCUAUCUCUCUCUCACCCAAGUCCCUCUCUUUCUCUCUCUGAUAUCCCUCUUUACCCUUCUAUUUCCCCAACUAAAAUCCACUCACUCACCCAUCACCCUCUUCUUCAUACUUCUUAACCCCAAACCGAAACCUAGCUCCAUCAAAACCCUAAUUCUAUUAACCCCAAAACAGAACCAUUUUUCUUCCUUGAACCUUCUCCCUUCCAAGAGUCCAGCUGAACCUAUCCCCCAUCAUCAUUCAAUCCAAGAAAAAAAAAAAAAGAAAAAUCUCAAAGCAACCUUAGGGAAGUAUCCCCUCUACCCAUUUGAUUCAAGUAAAGCUCAACCUCAAAAAGAGAUGUCAACAAUUUCAAUCACUUAUCUUGUAGUGUAUGUCAAAAGGCCACAAAGAGCAGAGGAACAGAUGCUUUCCGCUUGAUUUCUGCGUUGCUUUCGGGGUUUUGCUUUGUUCUGAGGAAGAGAAGAGUCUCUCUUCUUAUUGUGCAAUAAGAUGAAAGGUGGAGGUCUUUGGCAGCUUGGGCAAAUCAUCACACGUCGCCUUAAUCAGGUUGAUAAGAAGGCUGUGGCACGCCGAUGUUUCGCCUCUGAAGCUGAACUCAAGAAGACAGUUCUCCACGACUUCCAUGUUGCCAAUGGCGCGAAGAUGGUUCCCUUUGCCGGAUGGAGCAUGCCAAUUCAAUACAAGGAUUCAAUCAUGGACUCCACAUUGAAUUGCAGGGAGAAAGGUAGCCUCUUUGACGUCUCCCACAUGUGUGGUCUCAGUCUUAAGGGUAAGGAUUGCGUCCCAUUCUUGGAAAAGCUCGUAAUUGCUGAUGUUGCUGGGCUCGCUCCUGGGACUGGGACACUCACUGUCUUUACGAACGAGAAGGGAGGGGCAAUUGAUGAUUCUGUCAUCACCAAGGUGAAGGAUGAUCACAUAUACCUGGUUGUUAAUGCGGGAUGUAGGGAUAAAGACCUGGCACACAUUGAGGAGCACAUGAAAUCAUUCAAGGCCCAAGGAGGAGAUGUCACGUGGCACAUCCACGAUGAGAGAUCUCUUCUUGCCCUCCAGGGUCCACUUGCUGCACCUGUUCUCCAACAUUUGACAAAAGAUGAUUUGAGCAAGAUAUACUUCGGGGAAUUCCGAAUGAUAGAUAUCAAUGGGGUGCACUGCUUUAUUACUAGAACUGGGUACACUGGCGAAGAUGGCUUUGAAAUUUCUGUUCCUUCAGAGCAUGCAGUGGAUCUUGCAAAGGCAAUUUUGGAGAAAUCCGAAGGGAAAAUAAGGUUGACUGGGUUGGGUGCUCGUGACAGUCUCCGGCUUGAAGCUGGACUUUGUUUAUAUGGAAAUGACAUGGAACAGCACAUAACCCCUGUAGAAGCUGGGCUUACAUGGGCCAUUGGAAAAAGACGAAGAGCAGAAGGCGGGUUUCUAGGUGCUGAGACAAUCCUCAAACAACUUGAAGAGGGUCCAUCAAUCAGACGUGUUGGUUUUUUCUCUUCGGGCCCACCUCCAAGGAGCCACAGUGAGAUUGUGGAUGGUACAGGCAAGGGCAUUGGAGAAGUGACAAGUGGUGGAUUCAGUCCAUGCCUCAAGAAGAACAUAGCCAUGGGUUACGUAAAAUCUGGAUCACACAAGGCAGGAACAAAGGUGAAGAUUGUAAUUCGUGGAAAAUCCUAUGAUGGUGUGGUCACCAAAAUGCCAUUUGUUCCUACAAAAUAUUACAAGCCAUCUUAGUUUAUUUCUGUAACUACAAAACAGUACUGAUCAACCAAGUUCACUGAAAAGUCUGAAAUGCUGGGUUUCUGUUCUGUCGGCUACCUUCUUGCUUCUUUUCGCUUUACAUGAUUCUACUGAACCAACUGCUGUAAUUAGCACUGAAAUUGGUUUUUGUUGCGAGAAUUCCAUGGUGAAUGUGGACCAUUUUCUCUC